GUCCGCGUGAAAUGUCUCCCCUCGGACACGGUGGGCGAUCUGAAGAAGCUUAUCGCGGCGCAGACGGGUACGAUCGCGAGCAAGAUCCAGUUGAAAAAGUGGUACACGACGUACAAGGAUCAUAUCACGCUGAGGGAUUAUGAGAUCCACGAUGGGAUGGUGAGUCGUCCCACUCUUUCCCUCGUUAGUGACGGGCGAAGCUCAUCCGACGAUUUUUCCGAACCGCAAUCGUGUUUCAUAGAGCUUGGAAAUGUAUUAGAGAUCGGCUUUUCUGCAAUAAGCGAAAGGCCAGAGCUCGCUCGUAUGUUCUCUAUACAAAAGGAAUUCUGA